GUGGGAUUGGAAGCAGCUUUAGCUCUUCUUGUCUUCUCUCUUUCUUUGCCCUCUCCAGAAUUAUUAUUUUAAAGUUUAUCCUAACACCUCCCGGGAGUUCAAAGCCACAAGAAUUUAUUGUUGAUUUUGCUGCCCAAAUCCCAGAUUCAUUGCCUGCUAAUAUAAAAGACUCUGUCCCCGCAUUAGCUCGCGUGUUUGUAUGGCCCUUAGGCGGACCUCCUCCUCCUCCUCUUCCAGAAUUAAAAGAUACAGUCUCAACUUUGACCAGUACAGCGGGAGAGCUUUGGCCAGUGCUACAGGCGGCGAUACUGUAGAGGUUUUCAAAGACGCUCUGAAAAGGAUGGACAGCGUUUUGGGAAUAGGUGUUUCUGAAACAUCAACGUUUGGCCAUGAGUCAAAAGUUGUCUCUUUGUGUAAGCAGCUGCAGAGCCAUGUGGUGGGUCUCAAUGGGGCCAUUGACUCCAGACUGGAGAUACCACCAGAAACUAGAGAGUUCCUCGUAUCAUGGCUGACUGGCGAUCAGGCUUCUUUUGCUGGCGAGCUUCAAAGAGAUCGUGAUACUUUACUCCAACAGGUCAUGACGCUUGAGAAGAAUCUUGAUACCUUCAGGAUUGAGAACGAGAAUCUCAAGAAAGAACUCAAAGGGGGCCGAGUUCCUUUGCAGCCGUUGCACAAUAAUCACAGUCGGAGUGGCUCUGGCAUUACACCUGCUUCUGGUGUGAGUGAUUCCAAUCUAAAAGGAACUUAUGCCCCAAAGACUGCUUCACUGACAGCUCUUACUGGCAGUGUGGGUGGGUCCCUCCCCCGUCACACCAGCAGUAGCUCAGCCUCUGGUUUCAAGAGGCAACGUAGCUUCCGUGAGUCUUUUAGGAAAGCCUUUGGCCGGAAGAGCAGCAGUGGAAAGGAUGUUAAUAUAGAAGGAGAUGCUAAUUCAAAACCAUUAAAUACACGGGCCCAAAGCUUCCAUUCCCUCAGUGGAUCAGAUUUGGCUGCUUGGAUGAACAGCAUUGGUCUUGAGAUGUACGGUGAACUCAUCAGCCAGCUGGUUGUCACUGGAGAAAGACUAGCCUCCAUUGCUGCUAAUACCGAAGACCUGGUGCGUCUUGGUGUUCUCAAUGUAUUGCACUGUAAGAAGCUCAAGCUUGCAGUGGAGGAUGCAGUAGCUGAUGCUCCUAGUGUACUCUCAUACCUUGAUCAUCACUGGGUUGCAGGUAAACUAUUGUAUUAAAGCAAUCUUAGUGAAAUAACCUCCGCAUAAAGGAAGGACAUGCAUCUUUGUAUUAACAAACAAAACUUUCUUGUCCAUAAGUGUCUGUCAUAUAGAGAAUAU